AUGACCAUUUAUGUGCAGCUCCUGAUCCCGCCCAUACGGCACUGUGAAUUUUUGGGACCUCUCGCACAAGCUUCCCGCAGCGUUAGUCGUGAGACUGCUACUGUAUCGCCCGCCGCUAUAUCACCAGCUGUGCUCUCCACCCCCGCCCAACAAUUCAGCAAUCUUCCCGAAAAUGCCCCCGUUAACAUGCUUCAUGUUGAGUUCGUCCAUAAUCUUUCUUCUGAAGCAAUGACAGCAUUCAAUCGCCCCGGCACUGCCUCGGGUAUUCCAUACCAGGAUAUCUUGCGGUAUGGCAUUGGGGCACCUUACCUCGUUAAUGAAAUUUUAUCUCUCAGUGCAUUGCACCUUAGCAUUGUUAGGCCAGGACAAAGGGAUUUUUACCGACACCAUUCUGCCCAGUUGCAAAAUUAUGCACUGAAAUCAUUUAAUGACUUAUCAUCUCACAUCAACGAGGAAAAUUACGUUUCGAUAUUUCUAUUCGCCAGCAUUCUAGGCCUCCACAUAUUUUGCGAAACAAUAGUCUUUCGGGACGAUGAUGAAUUUGAGAGCUUCCUUGACAGAUUUAUUCAAUACGCUGAAAUACAUCGCGGAGUGCAUCUUGUCGCUGGUCAGGGUCGAUGGGAACUCUUGCAACAAACAGGUCUAAAACCGCUUUUGGAGCUCGGAGAAAGAAUUCCUCUCUCGGGUAAAGCCUUGGGUCCGGUCUGUCAGACUUUGAUAGGUCGUAUUAAAGGCCGUUCUUUCGACUAUCCUGAUACGAAGGCAUAUGAACAGGCUGUCCAGGCUUUACAAUCCGUGAUGACCCUGAUGGAAAAUGAACCCCCAGGAGGCAACUGCGUAGAUGCUCUCGUUGCUUGGCCAGUGCUUGUCCCCCGCGAAUACAUUGAUAUGGUCUCGGAAAGAAAGGGGGAAGCUCUGGUUAUUUUAGCGUAUUUUGGUGCACUUGUUGAUACACACAAAUAG